CUUACCCAUAGUUGUUGCAAUUUCAAAAUGAUGAUUGAUGAAUGAAAGCUACUGAUGUAGUGAAGCAGCAAAAAUCAUGCCACUUUUACAAAAGAGCGUUUACUUUUGAGGAGUUAGAAAAUCCAUUUAAUGACGAAAUGCACUUUGUCAUUCUCAUUGCUGCCGUCAAUUCUCCGCCGUCCUCAUCCAUUUGAGCAACCAAAGAAAAUGAUAUAUAUAUUUCUGAUGCUAUCAUUUCAACUACUGCUACUAUUACUACUUUACUCAAUUAUUCCUUAUAGUGUUCAGAGCAAAUUGAGGAACUGAAGAACACAAGUUUACCUGAUGGAGAUUGAUUCAAGUGGGAAUCCCAAUUGGCUAUUUGAUUAUGAGUUGAUGACUGAUAUCACUUCCGCCGCCUCCGUCGCCGUCGCUGAUUUCCAGUCCCCGGCCACUAUUGACUUCAGCUGGCCUGCUCAAACAAUCUAUGCUUCCUCUAAUCUCAUUGCAGAAACAGAUUACACAUUUGAUGAUUCAGAAGUCAGUAAGGAGGCAAGCUCGCGAAAGCGAUCGAGAAUUGAAUGUUGCAACUCCCCGAGAUCUAAGGCAAGUCGAGAGAAAUUGCGGAGGGACAGACUUAAUGAGAGGUUCCUUGAAUUGAGCUCUGUCCUUGAUCCAGGAAGACCACCUAAAACUGAGAAAGUUGCAAUUCUGAGUGAUGCUCAAAAGAUGCUGAUUGAGCUGCGAGCUGAAACGCAGAAGCUGAAGGACUCAAACGAGGAGCUGCAAGAGAAGAUUAAAGAACUUAAGGCAGAGAAGAAUGAGCUCCGUGAUGAAAAGCAAAGGCUAAAGGAAGAAAAGGAGAAUUUGGAGCAGCAGGUUAAAAACUUAGCUUCUAAACCAGGCUUUCUCUCCCAUCCUUCUGCCAUGGGAGCUGCAUUUACUGCACAAGGACAAGUCGCUGGCAACAAAAUGAUGCCUUUCAUUGGCUAUCCUAGUGUUGCGAUGUGGCAAUUCAUGCAACCUGCUGUUGUUGACACAUCACAAGAUCAUGUGCUCCGUCCACCAGUUGCUUAAGCUGGACUUUCCAGGUGACUUGCUACUGGAGCUUUAGUCUUUUUGUUGCUCCUAUGCAUGUUAAAGGUGACAGACAAACUGAGACAAUUUGCUGGUUGUAUUUAUUGGUCUUUGAUGUAUGAGUACGUCUUGACGAUUUACUAAAUCGUGUACAUGCUGGGUACUCACUGGGAAAACAGUUUGUGUAUUAUAAUUCCUAAAUGGAUUCCUUCUGAAAUAAUAAAACUUGGUUUUAUGUAUA